AGUCACUGGAAAAUUGUAAUUAAAUUCAGUAUCACACAAUGUACAAAGUUUCAUUAGUUUUGUUAUUCUCCAUGCAGUUAGUAUUUGGAAGGAAAGCGAUAACUGUAAAACUAGACCCGAAAAAUGUUGUAAAUACAAUACGUACGGUGUUUGAUGAGCAAUAUGUGGAACAGGUAGCUGAUAUUAUAGCAGAGAAAGCGGCGAAACGAUUUGUUAACGAAAUCAUAAAAAACUUUGAAGAAUUAGAUAACAAUCCUAUAAGGUCAAUGAAAUUAGAUCAAGAAGAAGGGAGAGGUAAAAAUAGGAAAGAGAUGAAGAUAAUGGAUAAUGAGGAAGCACUGAAAUUAUUAAAAAGACCUUCACCAGACGGCGACAACUUGGAUGAACUCAACAAGGAGAGUCUACUUCUUAGCAAGGAACAGGAAGAUAUUAAACAGAAGAAGAAAAUACCAGUCAUUGGAUUAAUGAAAAUUAACGGAGUUUACUAUAGAAGAUUCUUAGGUGUUAUAUAGUUAUAUUAUU